UAUACAUCGUGUACCGCGUAAGAUAAAUAGCCGGUGCAACGUGUAUACCGACAAAUGAACGUGCCCAUAAUACCGUCAAGUGCGUUGACAUAUCAAACGGCAUUCAAAGCCAUCCUAUUUCUUCUAUUUCAAUGAAAAUUAUCAGUUACAAGUGUAAUCUGAAUCCGGAAUAAGCCAGCACGUGCACGUGUUGUUUGUGAUGACACGUUAUUUUGGCGAUCACGAUCGUACGAUAGAGGAUGCUCUACACUGACGGUGUGUGAUGAAUUGCUUGUCUGUUAUUCCUCGCGUAGAAGCAGCAACAGACUGUACGGAAUACGGCAAAUUUCACAGAUAAUUUUGUUGACCAUCGGCCAUUCUGGCAGACCAACCCAGACAAAAACUUGUGAAUGAAGACGAACUGCAAGCGAACGCUAAUCCUUCGCAUAGUCCACCAAAAGUCAACAAUUUCAUGGACGGCAAUCAUGAAAUGGCAAAGGGGCACGAUCGCGAGGACGAAGCGAUGACCGAACAGAGGACAGAGAAACAGCAUAGCGAAGUCGUCGGUGGUAUGAAUAUUGAUGAAGGCGUUGUCGGUGGGGUCGACGAUGAGGAGCAGAAGGUACAGUGUGGCAUCGGGGCAUGGCAUCCCAAGCACUUGCAGUUCUGUAACAGUCCGAUCGGCUUCCUCAUCUGCCUGUGUUUCUUCGGCUUCACCCAAGGCAUGACCGUCAACGGCAUCGUUUACGUGGUGACGACCACGCUCGAACGCAGGUUCAACCUCCCCAGCGUUCAGAGUGGCUUUAUCUCGAGCGCGUACGACUUUGGGGUGCUGCUCGUCGUCGUCUUCGUGACGUACUUCGGGGAGAGGGCGCAUAAACCGAGGUGGUUGGGGAUAGGGGCUUUGGGUUUCGCGGCGAGCUCGUUCCUGUUUUCGUUGCCGCAUUUCACAAGUGGGACAUACGAGUACCAGACGGCAGGCAUUGACACGUGCUCGCUGGAUUCCAAUGCAACACUCGACGAAGAUCGAGAGUGUUCGGCAAGCUCCGGGGGACUCAGUCGCUACAUCGGUGUCUUCAUCCUGGCCCAGCUGCUCCACGGGUUCAGUGCCUCUGGUAUCUACACACUGGGCGUGACCUAUAUUGAUGAGAACGUCGAGACAAAGCGAUCAGCUCUCUAUGUCGGAUUGUUUCAGGGUAUGUCAACGCUGGGCCCAGCUUUAGGGUAUCUCAUUGGAGGUUUGUUCUUAAAUCGCUAUACAGAUGUCACAGUCGACCAGGCGAGCUUGACGAUAUCCUCAGAUAGUCCUCUAUGGGUAGGAGCUUGGUGGCUUGGCUUCAUCUUAACUGGAUGUAUGGCUCUGACCAUCGCUCUUCCUUUCCUUAUGUUCCCAAGAUCUAUGCCUGCCGCCAAGGAGCUCGCACUGAAGAGAGUAUCACAAGCCCAGAAAGGUUCAGAGUUUGCCACCCGAGCGGGGUUCGGCAACGCGUUCAAAGACUUUCCCAAAGCUAGCCUAAACCUGAUCAGGAACAUACCUUUCAUGUGUGUGAACGGAGCCGCCGUUACCGAAUGGUUUAUCAUUUCGUCUCUGGCGACCUUCGGGUCAAAGUUCAUGGAAACACAGUUCAAUAUAUCAGCGAGUGACGCCGCGUUAAAAACAGGUUUUCUGGUUAUACCUGCCAGUCUGUCUGGUGCCUUGGUAGGGGGCUGGCUCGUUACCUAUUUCAACUUUCAGUACCGCGGUAUGAUUCGCUUCUGUCUUGGGAGUCUUCUUUUUGCCUUCUGUAUGCUCCCAGCAUUCACCAUCCAGUGCCCCAAUGUGCCUUUCGCCGGAGUCUCCAUCGCCUAUUCUAACGCACAAAGUGAUGAAGGAGAUGGAAUGCUCGUGAGUAAUCUCACGUCACCCUGUAAUACGGGUUGUGGCUGUCCCACCACGUACGAUCCUGUAUGUGGGACCAACGGUGUUUUGUAUUACUCGGCGUGUUUUGCAGGCUGCUUGGAAACGGGAGAGAUAAACGGAGUUGAAAAGAUGUACACAGACUGCAUGUGUAUCGGUAACUCCACCACCGACUCAAACAUCACCGGAGGGUCGGCGGAGCUGGGUCGAUGCCCGCAGUCGUGCUCCAAAGAAACCCUCUAUAUCUUUCUCACCUUUCUCCAGCUCUUGAGCACCUUUUUAGCUCUAGUUCCCUCCACAAUGGCCUCAAUAAGAUGCGUAUCUCACGACCAGCGGUCCUUUGCACUUGGUAUUCAGUCUCUUUGCUUCAGAGCUUUCGGAACCAUACCCGGUCCGGUUGUGUUCGGCGCCCUCAUCGACAGAGUUUGCGUAUUGUGGCAAGACUCGUGUGACGGUUCGUCCUGCUUACUUUACGACAACAAACAAUUCGGUCUCACAGCGCUGUUGCUGUGUAUGAUGUUCAGACUGUUGUCCAUUUUCUUCUUUAUAGGAGCAUUGGCGACCUAUAAACCCAAUGACAGUGAGAGGAUAAGAGUGGUAGCUGUGGAUGAGAACGCGGGAGAAAAUGCAGAAGGGGCGGUUCAUAAAGAUGAUGCCGCAUGAUACUGGAUUUAUAGGUCUGUUGGGGAAUCUAUAUCUGACAUCGAGUCUCUUCGGGAAAGACAUCAUUAUAUUUUUGUAAAAGAUUUAUAUUCAUAUUUUGAAGACUUAGCCAGAUUACGGGGAGGAUAACGAUGAUGACAUACUUUCUAGCCUUUGUGCUCAUCUGUUUUAGCUGCUGUAUAAAAGAAUUUCAGUUUCAGUUUCUGGAAAUUAAAAAAAAAAAGAUGAUGAAUCUUGAUUUCAUGACCAGCACGUUGUUCAGUUCAAGGUUAUAAUUACCUCUUACUUCAGAGCACAGCUAUUCAUUCCUGGAGUCUAGCAAUCACAAAUUUUAAACGAUAUAAUAACAAACGUCUUAACAAAGCCGAGUGGAAAAUUAUAUUCUCCUUGUACCGCUGUUGAAUCUCACGCGCUACGGACAAUUUUAUCGGACUAAAAAGAGAGUAUCCGCAUUUCUUUUUCAAAAAGUUCAGACGAGAAGGUAAUCUUCAUUUUGAUUUGGCCUUAUGCUUACAGUCUUACAGUACAUUUCAUCUCACAGCAGUUAAAAUCACAAUCAACUGGCCUUGCUCAUCUCCCGUCCGUCCGUUAUCUUUCAGAUUCGUGCAACCAUUACGAACACGACUGCAGAGACCUUCGACAAAUGAAUCUGUAAAGGCAAUUUCAACAGCCUUGCCUUUCACCAAUUUUAAUGUACAUUUAUGAGCAUUACAAUGUACUUUUUUUAUUGUAAUCCGAAUAUGAUGAUAAUGAGUUAUAAUUAACCAUGAGUUGAUUUCUCGAAUGUCAUCGCAAUUUUUGUAUACGGUAGUUCUGUAAAAUCCUAUGUAAAUUUUAUUUCAUUGAUCUGUUUUUUUUAAAAGUUUUUAUUUUACUCUUUUGUUCUCUUGCUGCAAAACUGUUUUCGAUUCGCCUUUUCACAAAAUAGCACACAAAGAAUUUAAUAACUUCACGGAAAUGGAAUGGAUAUUCAUGUCAAGUUUAAAUCACGAAUUAAACUGGGUGUUUAAAUGAAAGGUGCAUCAAAUUAUUAAUAAACUCAACGCACUCGGAAUAAAGAGGAUGUGGGACCAAGGCCACAGUUCGUCUUAGUUAUGUGUGAUGUCAUCAUGUCAAGAUGUUUCAUAUUCUGUCUAGUAAGGUCAGAAACCACUAACGUGUCGCGGCCUUGUGGUUGUUGUGAAUAUUUCGGCCGAAAGCCAGUCUGAUUGUCAAUUAAAGAUUCCCCUAUACACAGGCAUCGAUUAGAAUAUAGCCUAAUUAUUUUCUUCUCAGGGAACAUUGAUGUAAAAACUAGAUCAAAAUCGUUAGCAUUGAAGAAGUAAGCAUCCAUCAUGCAUCCGUCAUUUUAUACAUUUGCUUAUACUAUUUUAUGCUUUGAGAAAAAUUAAAUGAAGACUUUAUUUGAAGAAGAAAAAA